AUGCGAGAAUCCAUUUUGGAUGCUUUGAGCACUUUGUAUGAUAUCGUUAUGAAGCCGGUGGCUGACCUGGUUCAAGGGGAUGAGCUAGUCAUUAUUCCCGAUGGACCCCUGUGGCUUGCUCCUUACGCUGCAUUGAAGGAUGGUAAUUCUAAAUACCUGUGUGAAUCUUUCAGAAUCCGACUCGCUCCAUCGUUAACAAGUCUUAGACUCCUUGCCCAUUGCCCAGAUGAUUAUCACAAAAGCAGUGGUGCGUUACUUGUAGGAGAUCCGUGGGUAUCCGAGGUUACUAACAGCGAGGGAGAGAAAGUCUUCGAGCAGCUUCCGUGUGCUAAAGAAGAAGUAGAAAUGAUCGGAAAAAUUCUGAAUAUCACGCCAAUCACUGGCAGACAGGCCACGAAGCAUGAGGUGUUGAAAAGACUCAGUUCCGUUUCCUUAGUUCACUUUGCGGCACACGGAUGUCUGGAAACUGGCGAAAUUGCUCUUACACCUGACCCAGACCGAAUACCUACUGUGCCUACGGAGAAUGAGGAUUACAUUUUAACGAUUCGAGACGUGUUGAAUGUUCAAAUUCGCGCCAAACUUGUUGUGCUCAGUUGCUCCCACAGUGGUUGGGGCGAAAUCAUGGCUGAAGGUGUGGUUGGUAUCGCGCGCGCUUUUAUGGGGGCUGGUGCUCGCUCUGUUCUGGUGUCCUUGUGGGGGAUUGACGACGAGGCUACUAUCGAGUUCAUGAAAAGCUUUUAUCACUACCUUGCAGAAGGUAAACCUGUGAGCGAGUCACUGAACCUGGCCAUGAAAAGCCUCAGAGAAUCAGACAAGUUCCGCGACAUCAAAUACUGGGCGCCCUUUUCGCUGAUUGGAGAUGACGUCACUUUUGACUUCAUGGCAAAGGAAAGAGACAAGUGA